AUGAGCUGUUUGGAUGUUAUGUACCAAGUCUACGGUCCUCCCCAGCCCUACUUCGCAGCAGCCUACGGCCCCUACCACCAGGUACGUGCGGGGGGCAGCGGUGAAGAGGCAGAGGGGAAAAGAAGCAAAGCAGCAGCCCUUCUGUUGGCGGCGGGCUUCCCGCUGCCCCUGCCAGCGGAACCGGAUCGCCUGGACCUUGCGGGCGAUUUCCCUGGUGGGGGCUGCGACCGAAGAAGCCGCGGAGGGGCCUUUAAGUCUCGCGCGGUGGUAAUCGAAGAUGGGAACGACGCAAAAAGCAAAUAUGGCUCCUUCCCCAUGAGCCAGCGCAGCUUCCCGCCGUCCUUCUGGAACAGCACGUACCAGCCCUCCUCGGUCCCAGCCACCCUCAGCAGCCCGCUGGCAGCUGCUGCCCACAGCGAGCUGCCCUUCGCCGCCGCCGACCCCUACGCCCCGGCCUCUCUGCACGGCCACCUGCACCAGGGUGGCCCCGAACCCUGGCACCAUGCCCACCACCACCACCACCACCACCACCCCUACAUCGGGACACAGACCUCCGUCCGCCCCCACCGCCUCACCCCCGCCUCCGUGCCCACGCCGGUCAGCCCCCCCUGCGAACUGGGCAAGAGCGAGGCGGGCUCCGCCGCAGCCUGGACGACGCCGGGACCCUUCCCCAACGCGGCGGGGGACAUGGCACAGAGCCUCGGCCUCAACGUGGACGCAGCUCGCCGUUACUCCUUCUGUGGUGGAUCCCUUCUGAGCUGA